UCAUCUUGUCAGAUCCCGAACGCGACUACGUCAUCGAAGCUGACGCCAGCGACCAGGCAGUGCGAGCAGUCUUGAUGCAAGACCAAGGGAAUGGACUGCAACCAAUCGCUUACCUGAGUAAGAAACUACACGGGGCAGAACUCAACUACCCGAUGCACGACAAAGAGGCCCUUGCCAUCGUCAUCGCCUUCAAAGCGUGGAGAUGUUAUCUCGAAGGACGAAGAACAACCGUCUACACCGACCACUGCAGCCUGAAAUACUUGAAGACACAACCCAACCUUUCCAGGCGGCAGGUCCGGUGGAUCGACUUCCUCGAGACACACUUCCACUACGACAUCGUGUACAAGCCCGGCCACAAAAACAAAGCAGACGCUCUCAGCCGGCCUGCACACGUUGCCGCUAUUCAGUACUGGCCCCACAUCGCAGAAGAUGUUCAGAAGUUUGUCACCCCAUGUGAUACAUGUCAGCGGAUGAAGAGCAGCAAGCAGAAGAAGGCGGGACUACUGCAGCCUCUUCCUGUCCCGGAACAACCAUGGCAAGUGGUUAGCCUGGACUUCAUCACCGGGUUACCACCUACCUCCAGUGGUCAUGACGCCAUCCUUGUCGUCAUCGACAAGUUCUCCAAAAUGGGCCACUUCAUUCCGACACACACGACAGCACGCACCGAGGAGACAGCGCAACUAUUCAUUCGUUACAUCAUCUCACAGCAUGGCAUUCCAACCACACUUAUCUCCGACCGAGACCCCAAGUUCACCAGCAAGUUCUGGAAGGAACUCAUGUCUCUACUCGGGACCAAACUCGCCAUGUCAUCCGCUUACCAUCCGCAGACAGACGGACAGACCGAGCGCCUCAAGGACGAGAUCUCCAAAUGGGACUUGCACCUGCCCUAGCCUCGCGUGGCUAUACGCCGGGUG